CGCUGGUUUAUUACCGCAGUAUAAAACACAACGAGAGCAUCGUAUUUGUUCAGUUGACUAUAUCAUUUAACACAGAACAAGUGCAAAAUAUGGUUUGAUGUAAUGGCAUAUACUAAUACCAACAAUCUCGAGUUUAAGAGCGAUGUAGAAUUAAUGAAAAGGAUUUAUAAAGACGUCCCAAAGGUGUCUAAUGCCCAUGAACACGUGAAUAAGGAAUUUGUAAACAUUGAAGAAGUUGUGGUAUCUGAUUCGCGAGAAGAUACGUUAGCAGAUAUUGCACAAUAUUGUGGGAUUGCCGAUGCCCUAGAUGGGGAUAGACUACCAAAAGAUACUACAGAAAACCCAGAUGGGAAUCUAGAAAAGGCACUUGAUAAAACGCAGUCUGUUAAUAAUAAUCAAAGUGAAACCGAUAUAAACGCUCAAACCCCCAACUCAGGGCACAAGUCAGUUGAUACUGCCAAUCAAAAGGAGUUCAAUGUAAGCAAAGGAGAUGUUCUCAUGGCGGCAAAUGUUCAUGAACUUGAACUUGGAGCAAUUGAAGAAGUUAAACAAGGUGUCGAGGUGAACACUACAAAUGUAAUCGAUCUUCUCGACUACGAUAUUGUACCUGACCUUGUCAUGGAUUUACGUGAUGAUUUGCCCGAAGAUAGAAUAAGUGGACAAAACGCGAAUACAAACACACACGGGACAUCAUGCCAGAGUAUUCUAGAUUCCAAUCAAUUUCCCAACGUUGAUGUGGAGACAGAAUUGAACAUAGCUGUUAUUGACAAAGAAAACACAAAUAGUGAACAUGCAACAAAUCACGGUCAAAAUACCACUAAGGCUACGAACAAGUCAAAACAAACAAGUAAUACGCCACAUACAAAUAAAGAUCAACGGGCAGAAUCUAUUUCUCAUCAACAACAAACGUCAUACCUCUAUAAGGCUAUGCAUGGCGAUUUAGAGGAACUACAACAUGAAAAGCCGUCCGAUCCAAAGGAAAAACCAUCCGAUCCAAAACCAGUAGCUACAAAAGAUAUACAGGUGUGUAAAUUGACUCAUGAUAUACCUGCUAAAAUUUCAGAAUUAAAAAAGCCACAUCCCCCAUUACCUGAAUUGAAAAACAUCUGUAAAAAACUAUUUGAGCAGAUGCCAACAGCUAUUAAUAUUCAACGCGAGGAUGGUUCUAAAGAACAAAAUGAAGCGAUCGUAACAAUACCAAUAAAAAAGCGGCAAAAAUGUAGACCUUCGAAUAUACGUCCUGAAAUGGACAGUCCUGACAGCAAUGGAUCAAAGAGACGGAUGAUUUCCUCCAACAAUUCAGGCGACGUGUACAAAAUGAAUAUGAAGUAUAUCUAUAUUGAUAUGGGCACUAGCUUUGAUUCCGACUCUGAAUAUCACCAAUUGACCCGUGCCCAGAGAGAAGCUUACAUUGAGUUUCGAAAAGAAGCAAUGAGACACCGUAAAGGAAACAGAGGUUUUCCCAAUCCCAUGCGUCCUAGGAAUUUAAUCAGAAGUCCAGAAUUACCAAAUGACUUUAAUUCAAUUCCAGUUAAACAUUAUAUGAACAACUCCAGUCAACUUCCAGGUGUUCAUAAUGACAUUUGCGUUGACUUUAAUUCAGAAAAUGAGUUUUCGGAAAAAUCUAAUAACCGAGCUGUUAUAGAUGAUAUUGAUGAAGACGUUCCCAUGGAUUUAAGUGUACCUAAAGUUUCCCAAUCGUCGGGUCAUAAGCCCUUACCUCCGUUGAUCUACAUUGAUGGCAUUGAUCCAGACAUUGGAGGACAAAACCACCAAAAAAGAAACGAAUCUCAACGUUCUGACACUGUCAUAUCUGAACACUUAAAUAACUUUAUGUGGCAAAAAAUCAAACAAAUGAACGAUAUGUUCACGUGUAGUACAGAAAAGAUAUGUUGUAUGAACAAUCCGUCUGCACCCGAGAAUCCACAGUGGAAUGGGCAGUGUUUGCCCCAUGAGAGAAUAAUGACAGCACCUACUGGCAUGACUACCUAUCAAAACGUUGAAGGCGACACAUCAAGAUUUACCCAAGGGGGAUCAGUCAGACCCGGAGGCAAAGUCCGUUCAAAACCGAAUAAUGUUCCAUUUAUCGCAUCAAAAUAUUGUAAAAUUCCAUCCAAUGCCGAAAAUGCUGUUUUUCAACCGGACCCUGUCAAGAAUUCAAUGAUAGUUAAUUCACAAAUGGCGACAACGCCUGUAAAAACCGUGGCAACGCCAUUGAAUUCACCAAACUUUGCCAUGCAAUUCAAAACACCAAACACAACAAUGCAAUUCAAUUCUCCGAACGUUCCAAUGGCAUUAAAUCCACAUAACGGGACAAUACCGUUCAAUUUCCAAAAUGCGACAAUGCAGUUGGGUCCCCGAAAUGGAGCCAUACCAUUCAAUGUUGGAAGUGGAAAAAUGCAAUUCAAUUCCCAAAAUGUCACCACGCCAUUUAAUUCCUCAAAUGAGAAUACGUCAUUCAAAUCAACUUAUGGCGACAUGCGAUUCAGUUAUUCAAAUGACUCCCCUAAUCGGACCGUGUCCUUUAGCCCCCCAGAUGGGAUCGUGCCGUUUAAUUCAGCAAAUGAACGAAUGUCAUUCAAUUCAACAAAUAAGGCAUUGUCUUUCGAUCCAAUGACAGGGACAAUGCCAGUUAUUUUACCAAAUACGACGUUCAAUUCACCAGAUGGAAACAGUAUACCAUUCAAUCCAGGAAACGGGGAUAUCCCUAAUGUGCCGACAAAUGGGAUAUCCUUUGAUUCUCAAAAUGAUGACAUUCCAUUUACUUCGCAAAAUCCGACCAUGCAAUUCUGCUUACCAAAUGGGAAGAUUCCUUUUAAAUCAUCAAACGGUACCAUGCCUUUUAUGUCCCCAAACCCAACUAUGCCAUUCAGUUCACCGAAUGCAACAUUGCAAUCAAGUCGUUUGAUGACACCACCCAACACGCAAGAGGUACAUGUAGGAAGGAUGGACAUGUCGUCAAUGUCAUUCUCGUCGAUGAAGUCACAAAAUACCAAUGGACCGAUCCACUUCCCCUCUCAAAGACCCAACUCACUUAGCAACAACCACACAAAUCAACAAAUUCCUCCCUUCAACAAAUCAAACAAUAUUCAUGGUAGAUUUAAUGUUCCUAUGCCUGACGAAAUCACAGAUCAUGGGCUGAAUUCGAACUAUUUCAAUAAUAAUCCAAGUGAAAUGGUAAACCAUCAUAUUCAACAACAAAACUCUCCGAAUCAACAUCAACAAUUUCAACAGCAAAAGCAACUACAAAACAUUCAUCAGCAAGUCCCCUACUUACACCAAACAGAUAUAGGUCAGCAAAGCUACAAUACAAGAGUAAAAUCAGUUGCAUUCCGACCAGAUUUUACAAGAAUGAAUUUCCAGCAGCAUAAGGGAACCAAUAGAAACUACAAUUCUAGACCACGUUGUUCUAUUAAACCAACACAGCGUAAGGUUUACUCAAAACAGCAACAUAAUUUGAAAGAACAUAAUAAGGUCAAUAAACAACAAGAAAUAAAAGUCAAAGAGCAAGUACAAAACAACACAUCAUUACAACAAACCACCGCAACACAUCAGCAAAAUGCCAAAUCACAACAACAAAACAUGACAUCACAACAACAAAUUGUCACAUCACAAAAUACAAUAUCACAACAAAAUGCCAUAUCAAAACAACAGAAUGUGUCUCCAAAACAACCAAAUGUCACAUCCAAACAACAAACUGUCAUACUACAACAACAAAGUCCAAAAUCUACAACAUGAAUAACAAACCAUCAUUUUUACUACAAUAAAAACAAAGAUUGGUGAUGUUUGGGGUGCAACCCUAAAUAUUUCACUUGAUGACAUGGUAACCCUAAUUAUUUCACUUGGUGACAUUGUAACCCUAAAUAUUUCACCCGAUGACAUUGCAACUCUAAAUAUUUAAGUUGAUGACAUUGCGACCCUAAAUAUUUCACUUGAUGAUAUUACAACCCUAGAUAUUUCACUUAAUGCCAUUGCAACCCCAGAUAUUUCACCUGAUGACAUUGCAAUCCUAGAUAUUUCACCUGGUGACAUUUCAACCUUAGAUAUUUCACUUGAUGGGAUUCCAACCCUAGAUAUUUCACUUGACAUCAUUGCAACUCUAUAUAUAUUUCACAUGAUGACAUUGCAACCCUAGAUAUUACAUCAGAUGACAUCUGAAGACAUUGCAACCUUUGAUAUUUUACUUGAUGACAUUGUAACCCUAGAUAUUUCACAUAAUGGCAUUUGCAACCCUAGAUAUCUAACCUAUUGAUAUUGCAACCUUAUUUAUUUCACAUGAAGACAUUUCAUCCAUAAAUAUUCCACCGCUAAAUAUUGAACUUGAAAACAUUUUGCAUCCAUCGGAGGAUAUAUUUAAAAGUAAAUACCUGUACUUCACCGAAGACAUUCCACCCCUCUGUAUUUCAUCUGACUAUUCAGACGAUUCCAAACUAGAUAUUUGAUCUGAAGAUGUUUCAACCCUUGAUAUUUCCCCAAAGUUAGUUUAUCCCUGAAUAUAUCAUUCCUAUUUUUAGUUGACAACAAAUUAAUGAAUAUAACAUGAUUGGAUUGUCUCUUUUUCCUCAAAAUGUACAAAUAUGUAUGAUACAUAGUGACCUUCAACAUGUUAAGUAUUCAGUCUGCUCUGCUUAUGUAAACUAAAUCCUAUUAUUGAUGUUUAUUCAAUAAAAUAUGUGUUUAUACAACAAAUGAGUUAGUACAAUUAUGGAUUUGUGAUGUUAACAACAUUUUAAAUGUUGUUCAAAUUGGCAAUGUGUUU